GAAGGAGAGGGCUCGGCACAAAGUGAAAGAGAAAGUUGGACUUUCUUUGGACUUUCGCCCCAGUUAGCACAACCACUUCCCCCUGUCGGCAGAGGCAGGGUACCAUCACGUUGACCACAGGUCAGACUCCGUGUCUCUUCAGUUCUCAGCUCGAGAUGUACAGAUUGGUACUGUUUUGCUUUUUUUCAUCAGCUGCCCUGUUGGCCGGUGUAAAGAGUGGUUCUCCAGCACCAUGUGACAGUGAAAUAUACUGUACUGGGCCCAUCUUGCAUCAAGUGCAGAAAGCCAAACUGUUUGAUGAUGACAAGUACUUUGUUGACAUGAAGCUGAAGGCGAUGCCUGAUGUUGUCUUGUCGGCUUUUCACAACCUUUCCAGCCAAAUGCCAAACAUGACAGUCCUGCCUGCCAGGCUGCAGGAGUUCCUCAGUGUGAACUUUGAGCGAGCGGGGUCAGAGUUCGAGCCAUGGACGCCGCCGGACUGGCAUGACAAGCCAAAGUUCCUCGGAGGAAUAUCAGACCCAAAAUUACGAGAGUGGGCCGAAAAGAUACACAACCUGUGGAAGUCUCUCGGCAGAAAGAUGCGCGCCGGUGUUAAAGAUCACCCCGAGCUCUACUCGCAGAUGUACGUCCCGCAUCCUUUUGUUGUGCAGGGGGGGCGCUUCAGGGAGCUCUACUACUGGGACUCCUACUGGGUCGUCAACGGGCUCCUGCUGUCGGAGAUGACAGACACGGCCUACGGGAUGAUUCAGAACUUCCUCCACCUUGUUAGCAGAUAUGGCUUUGUCCCAAAUGGUGGGCGGAUUUACUACGAAAGGCGCAGUCAGCCUCCAUUCCUCACUCUGAUGGUGGAGAGCUACUAUCAAGCGACCAAGGAUAAAGAUUUCCUCAGAGGAGCUUUGCCUGCUCUGGAGCAGGAGCACCGCUUUUGGAUGCAGAACCGCUCUGUGGCUGUUAAAGUAAACGGGUCAGAGCAUGUACUGAAUCGGUAUCAUGUGCAGGUGGGCCUGCCCAGGCCUGAAUCCUACACCGACGACCUGGAUUUAGCUGAAGGACUCACUGAUGACCACAAGGAGCAGCUGUGGAUGGACCUGAAAGCAGGUGCAGAGUCCGGGUGGGACUUCUCAUCCCGCUGGUAUGUGGACGGCGGCGGGGGCCACAACAACAACAAAAACAACAACAGCGGCUCCCUCAGGGACACGCGCACCAGCCAGAUCCUGCCCACCGACCUCAACGCUCUGCUGUGCCUCAACGAGAAGACUCUGGCUUCAUUUCACAGGAUACUGGGUGACGGUGACUCAGCUGCGCUGUACGACCAGGCGGCGGCGCGGAGACAGGGGGCGAUGGAGUCCGUGCUGUGGGACGCCGAGAGGGGAGCCUGGUUCGACUACAACCUGAUGACGCACGCGAAACACUCCGAGUUUUAUCCCUCCAACAUGGCACCUGUCUGGGCUCAGUGCUAUUCUCGGCCCGAGAUGGGGGAGAAGGCGGUGCAGUAUCUGAAGGCGAGCGGUGCUCUGCGGUUCCCCAACGGAGUUCCGACGUCGCUGAGAGAGUCCGGGCAGCAGUGGGACUAUCCGAACGCAUGGCCGCCGCUGCAGCAUAUGCUCAUCAGCGGUUUAUCCAAACUGCCCUCAGAGGAUGCUCAGCAACUAGCGUUUGACUUGGCCCAGCGCUGGAUCAAGACCAACUGGCUGGCGUACAUCAAGUAUGACGCCAUGUUCGAAAAGUACGAUGUGAACGGAGAUGGCAAACCCGGCAGCGGAGGAGAAUAUGACGUUCAGCUGGGUUUUGGUUGGACCAACGGCGUGGUGCUGCAGCUCCUGGAGCGGUAUGGGGCGACUCUCACCUCAGGAAGCCGGCAGGUGUCUCCCGGUCUCCUGCUGCCUCUGGUCAUCUCGGCCGCUCUCGCGCUCCGGUGAAUCGGAGGUGACGACAGAGUCGUGACUGGAGGUCUUGAUUUUAUUAUUCCCGGUUUCGCUGCGCUGCACCACUCCUGUCCACCGACAGACGAAAUUACUUUAAAAGUAGGACCUUUUUUUUCUCCCCCUCCUCGGCGGAAAAAGGAUCACUUUUUGGGAUAUGAUUCAUCAUGAUUCAUCACUAAGAAUUCCUUUGAUGAAUAUUUUAGUUCUUAUCCUCAGAGCUAUGGAUCUCUUGUGUUUUUCAGCAGACGCAGAUCAUUCAGCCCCCCCCCCCCCCACAAACACGUGCAUGUGCACCGUUCCUUCAGCUGACUCAAACACUUUCUACAAGCCAUGUGUUUUCUGAGUUUUUGUUAAUAUACGAUUGAAGUACGUGCAAUUAUCACAAGGAGUCCCAUGAAGAGGUUUUAUGAAACGCUGUGCCUCUGGUUGUGACCUGCGUAGAUGACAUCAGUGGCUCUGAUGCAGUGUUCAGCUCCUCUGUAGCAGUGAAGUGUGUUAAUGGAAAGAAAAGCUUUUAUGUUAUUAACUGCACAAGGGUCCCCGUGGACUGUAAAUGAAAUCGUUAGCUUAUGUUAUAUUUAAUCUGAUUAUAAACAACUUGGCUGUUAGCGGUGCAAAUUGACACAUUAGUCUUAUGUCGAAUGUAGUUUAAUGCUGAACAGGGACGCCUUUAUUUAUUUUAUAAAAAAAAAAUGUUUAGAAUCAUGUUCACGUAAGCUUGGCAACUGAAAUCCUUGCCGACUCCUCCCCGUCUUGCAUCCCGGCUCUGAUCCUCCACACUUCUACCUGACAAAUCUACCACAUCACACGUAGCAAUUGCUGAUUCUAUAAGUCACAUCUGCAAAGAUGAAAACAUUACACUGAUGCACUGCAAUGUUCAUUCGGAAAACUUAUUUUUUUUGUUUUAAAGAAACUGGAUGUGCCUGCAGUCAAACAAAGAAUUUAAGAAAUAAGUGGUAUAAUAACACUACAGUGAUAAAAUGACCUUUGUCCCUUUGAUACAUAAAACAGAUAAUAUAUGUGGUGACUGUUGUUUUUUGUGUAAAAAAAAAUGCUCAAAGUAACAACUUUGCUUGCAAUUGGGAAAAAUACACGUUCCUUCAAAUAUUAAAAUCCAUUCCAAACUC